GGCUUGACGAAUGUUGCGUCACUGCGUCUUUAAAGUCGAGCAGAUCCAGGCCACUAACAAGAUGGAGCAUUUCAGAGCCUAAAUAGUGGACCAAAACCAGGACCUAAGACCCGGACUAAACCCGGGACCUAACCCUCAGUGGAACCUGGAAAGUCCCGGGACGGGGACCGGAUUAUUGUCCGAUUGUCGGGACAUCCAGACGGGCGUAAAGACGCGUCAGUAACCGGGUCUGCACUUCAAAAAUGGCCGACGCAGAGGUCUCCCUGUCCCCGGCUCUGAUACCCCUUGAUCUAAGCCCCUCCCACUCUGCACUGCCCCCUCCACCAACCUCCUCUUCCUCGCCCACCACAUUCUCCUGCCCUUCUUCCCCCUCAAGCGCCUCCUCUUCUUCCUCUUCUUCUUCCUCUUCUUCUUGUUCUGAGAGCUCCUCUGACUGCCCAGCCCACCACCACCAUCAUCAUCAUCAUCAUCAUCAUCACCACCAUCCUCGCCCCCAACUGCAGCUGCCGCCGCCCCCCCAGAGCGAGCUGCCAUCCUCCCCAAGCGCCAGCCCCCGCAGCUCCAGUCCGAGCGGUAGCAUCGGCAGCACUGGCAGCCUCGGGAGCAGCAGCAGUGCCAGCGAGGGCAUCGGCAGUGGCAUUUCAAGCGGAGGCGACCCGAGAGGCCCCAGCCCCCCUCUGGACGUCAUCUCAGAGGACGCCAUGGAGAUGGACCUCGGGGCUGACCAAGUGAUCGACCCGGAAGUCGCUCUGAAGGCUUGUCAGGAAGUCCUUCUCAAGGUCAAGCUGCAGAACAGGGAAGCGCCUGAAGAGCAACAAUCGAACGACAAACAACCAGGCGAUCAGCCGCAACAACAGAACUGUGAGUGUUCCAGUCCACAGUGGCUGCUCAGCCCAGACACCAGCUCGAUCAAAGAGGAAGAAGAGGAGGAGGAGGAGGAGGAGACUGGGAAGGAUGCAGAAAAGCAAAGCUUGACCCGCUCAGAGUCGACUCUGCUUCCGACAGCAGCUUCAUCGUCUUCAUCUAAACAGUCGUGGCUGCUGCGCCUGUUUGAGUCCAAGCUGUUCGACGUUUCCAUGGCGAUCUCUUACCUCUACAAGUCAAAGGAGCCAGGUGUCCAGGCGUACAUCGGGAAUCGUCUCUUCAGUUUCUCCGACAACGAGGUGGACUUCUACCUGCCACAGCUGCUCAACAUGUAUGUGCACAUGGACACCGAGGUGGGAGACGCCAUCAGACCUUACCUAAUCCAUCGCUGCACAGGAAGUAUAACCUUCUCCCUGCUCACCGCCUGGCUGUUGGGCGCUUACUCCAACGACAUGCACAUCUCCACGCAGCGUCACUCCAGAGGUGCCAAACUCAGAAAACUCAUCCUGUCUGAUGACCUCAAACCUUCACCUGAGGCUCCUCCCUCUGUGUCAGACAGCCCCUUGUCCUCGCCGUCACACCGCCGCUGUCACCGGAGACACAACAGCAGCAACGUUGACCCAUCCCCGUCUUUCUCCAUGACUGGCGCCGUCCCUGAGAGCCCAGAACCCGGGGACGUGUUUGUGUCCCCGUCCAGGAGGACCCACCAGAGAUCCAAGUCAGAUGCCACCACGGCAAGCAGCGGGCCAGGAUCAGGCCUCCGACGGACGGGGAGUAACCCGAAAGUGGAAUGUGUCCACGAGGAGCCCGACCGUCUGCGUCCUCAGCGUGAGUUCGUGAAGUCUCUCCUCGGCAUCGGGAAGCGUUUGGCGACUCUUCCCACCAAAGAGCAGAAAACUCAGCGUCUGAUCUCCGAGCUCUCGUUGCUCAACCACAAACUGCCCGCUCGAGUGUGGCUGCCCACCGCCGCCUUCGACCACCACGUGGUUAGAAUCCCACACACACAGGCCGUGGUGCUGAACUCUAAGGACAAGGCCCCCUACAUCAUCUACGUGGAGGUGUUGGAGUGCGAGAGCUUCGAGACGUCAGCUGUUCCAGUUCGAAUCCCGGAGACGAGGAUCCGCUCGGCUCGCUCUGCAGAGAACCUCGACGUCAACAACACGAUGACCACAGAACAUCGAGCGGGAAGUUUCUCUACCGUCCAGAACUACGACAACGACGACGAGGCCUGGGCCACUGAUGACAUCGGACAGCUACAAGUGGAGGCUGAGGCUCAGACCAGCAGCAGUGACAACAUCAGUCAGUUUUCAGUCGACAGCAUCACAAGUCUGGAGAGUAAAGAGCCGACGUUCAUCGCUGCAGGAGACAUCAGACGGCGUCUGUCGGAGAACCUCGCUCACACUCCCACCUCAUUCAGGAGAGACCCAGAGGACCCGUCAGCCGUCGCCCUCAAAGAACCCUGGGAGGAGAAAGUCAGGCGGAUCAGAGAAGCGUCUCCGUACGGUCACCUGCUGAACUGGAGGCUUCUCUCUGUUAUCGUGAAGUGUGGAGACGACCUGAGACAGGAGCUGCUGGCCUAUCAGGUCCUCCGACAGCUGCAGUCGAUCUGGCAGCAGGAGCGAGUUCCUCUGUGGAUCAAACCCUACAAGAUCCUGGUGAUGUCAUCAGACAGCGGCAUGAUUGAACCCGUCCUCAACGCCGUCUCUCUGCACCAGGUGCGUAAACAGAGUCAGCUGUCUCUGCUCGACUACUUCCUGCAGGAACACGGGAGUUUCACCACCGAGGCGUUCCUCACGGCACAGAGGAACUUUGUGCAGAGCUGCGCUGGGUACAGCCUCAUCUGCUACCUGCUGCAGGUCAAAGACAGACAUAACGGGAACAUCCUGCUGGACUCUGAAGGUCACAUCAUCCACAUCGACUUCGGCUUCAUCCUCUCCAGCUCGCCGCGGAACCUCGGCUUCGAGACGUCUGCCUUCAAACUGACCUCGGAGUUUGUAGACGUGAUGGGCGGUCUGGACGGCGACAUGUUUAUCUACUACAAGAUGUUGAUGCUUCAGGGUCUGAUCGCUGCCAGGAAACACAUGGAGAAGGUUCUGCAGAUCGUCGAGAUCAUGCAGCAAGGUUCACACCUCCCCUGUUUCCACGGCUCCAGCACCAUCCGCGGGCUGAAGGAGCGUUUCCACAUGUCUCUGACGGAGGAGCAGCUGCAGCUGCUGGUGGAGCAGCUGGUGGACGGAUCAAUGAGGUCACUGACCACCAAACUCUACGACUCCUUCCAGUACGUCACCAACGGCAUCAUGUGACUCCUCCUUCAGGACCAGCUCGUUAAAAUCACAUGAUCUGGGAUUAGUGCUGCGUUCAUGGGCUCCUGGGAAAGUACAGCGUUGCAUUGAGUUGCACAUAAUCGGACGAGGAGGAUUCAGACUUUCUUCUUCUUUCUGAGAAUAAUUCUACGAUUAUUUCACUUCGACCAGCAAACACGGCGCCGCCUCGCUGCUCCGUGCUCGAGUGUUGUGUCUGAACGUUAAGAGUGUUUGAUGAAGGAUAAAAACGAUCUUUUGAUGUUAUUAAUGAAACUUAUUGAUGGUUUCAUUCAUUCAACUGGAGAACUAUGGAAGCCCGACAGAGACAUUUCCUGGUUUUAAAUUUGGAAACUAAAACUCGCUGCCUUUAAAAUAAAUCUCCAGAUGGAAAUGACUUCCCCAAAUGACCCCAGGGGGCGCCACAACCUGAAAGUUCCUCACAGGAAACAGGAAGUCUUUAAAGUUCACAAACAUGUAAAGAUUUAACAAUCUCAGUACGGCUAAUGCUAAGGAUGCUAAUGCUAACUAAAGUCUACAGUGUUGAAUAAAAACAUGAGCGCGGACAAAGUUUCCCCGUGCAAACACGCCAUCUAUUAACCGUUAUCUGCACUUGGAGCCAAAAUGGCCGCCGAGUUUGAUGGUGAAACCUCCAUGUUCCUUUGUAUCUCUACAUCUCUGUAAUAAUGUCUAACAUGUUUUCAUAUUUAACGAAUGCUCUCCUCUGAUUGGUCUGGAGAUGCAUUCCUGUCAAUAACUCUGACCAAUCAGACGAGGCGGCUCCGAGGAUUAAAGACAGUGACUGAACAUUAUUUUCCUUAUAAGGAUGUUUUAUUUUGUAAUCUGUUUCCUGAAUGUUUUAUUUUGUAAUCCGUUUCCUGAAUGUUUUAUUUUGUAAUGGCACCUUUGAGACGUCGUGUCUUAGACCCGUCAGUCACGGAUCACGUCCAGUUUGAUUUAAAUCAGCGCAGAGUAAAAACCUUGUUCACUCUUUAACCAUCACUGGAACAAAGCCGGUUCUGGGUUCACAUCUGGAGGUUCUGGGUGUUUUUAAAGGAGAAGCAGAGAUCUGUUCAUGCAUCAUGUUACCGCCUGCUAACUGUUAGCCUGCUAACCGAUGUUCUGCUCCUCUUUGUAAAUGUACGAUGCCUUGUGACGUACAAACUCUCGAAGAGGUCGACAACCUGAGAAGUGCUUUUAUUCCCAAAUGUUUUAUCGCUUUAGGGACGACUUUUCAUUCUGAAACCACUUCCUGUCCCCUCAGGCGUCCAGACAGGAAGUGUGUAUGUGGACAGGAAGUGGUCGGGUUGAAGUCAUCCCGGCUCGAUGCCUUCUUUUAUUCUGAAAAGUUUUCUGUUGUUACUAAACAUUAAACACUAAAUCCAUUCAA